UGUUCCUGUUGACCUCGAGCUCUCAGUGGAGAGUCUCUCUACGUUUUGACUGGUUUCGUUGUUUAUAAUGGAAAAACUAAUGCUGAUGUCAGCUGUCCUUCGUUGUUUUCGCACGGCUGUCCUACUGCUGCUGGUCACCUGCAGCUGCCCGCUGGUUACAUCUUCUAUGACUGCCUCCAAUGCGCUGCACAGCCUGGGCGACUUCACGUAUCCCUACCACAGCAUCUUCUCCCCGCUGCUCAAAGCCCUGUCAGAGCACGGAGGGUCGAGGUGGAACCCAGGCCUCAAGAAAGGGCUGAAACCCGAGCACAGGUACAUGAAAUAUCUGACGGAGGUUUACAAGAAGUCCUCCAGAGUUCAGAGGAGUUUGGACGGGAAUAAAAUCUACAACACAGUCCGAUUGAUCAAGCCACAGGAUGAGUGUCUUGCACAAAGUAAUAAAGAGAGCUUUAUGCAGGAUCUUUCCUACAGCCUUAAUCAUGUAAGAAGAAAAGAACAGCUUCUGAAGUCGGCCCUGCUGUACAAUGUUGACCAUGACCGUGCAGCACCUUUCAACUCUGUGUGCUACCUGAGUAUCAAGGAGCAGGAGCACUCAAACCAGUGUCAUCUGUGUCCCGGGGUUCACCACGCUGUGAACUUCACAGCCAGCACCGACGGGAGGAGCAGGAGGAACUGGGUGGAGGUUGACGUCACCUCGUUUCUCCAGCCUCUCUUAAAGUUUCAGAGGAAGAACAUACACCUGCUCAUCAACGUCACCUGCCCAGACGAACAAAGAGCCAUAGGUGAAGGGAGCGGAGGCCCGCUGAAGUUCACCCUGAGGUCUCCUCCUCUGCUUCUUUACCUCAGUGACACCAGCAAAAUCCCCCACCAGAGCUUACUGGUCGAUGCCAAAGCGGGUAAAAGGCCAGCCACUGCGGCGAACACAUUUCACAAGCAGAUGGUUUUCAAACCAGAACAGAAGAUUGGACGAAAGAAGAGAUGGAAGAGGGAAUCUCCAAAGAGCAAGCGAGGUGAUAAAAGUCUGAAUAUCAACCUGCCGGAGCUGCUUCCUAGCUCCGAAUUCCAGACAAGUGACUGCGCCUUGUAUGAUUUCAGGGUGCAAUUCAGCCAGCUCAAACUGGAUCACUGGAUUGUUUUUCCACCAAAGUACAACCCCAGGUACUGCAGAGGCAUCUGCCCGAGGACCGUGGGCUUCAUCUAUGGUUCACCCGUCCACACCAUGGUGCAAAACAUCAUAUAUGAGAAGCUUGACUCCUCUGUGCCCAGGGCCUCGUGCAUCCCCUCCCAUUACAGCCCCCUGAGUGUCAUGAUCUUUGAAGAGGAUGGCUCCUAUGUCUACAGGGAGUUUGAAGACAUGGUUGCCACCCGGUGCACAUGUCGCUAAAGCCAGCUACUAACAUGCCUUUUCUUUUUCCCUCCUUUUUUUACAGGCUGACUAACAACCUCAACAGUCAUCACAGGUGGACUCUUUCCAAAUAAUCAGAUACUCUGACCAGGCUGAGUGAUUUCAUGAAUUUAUAAAAUCAUUGUGUAUGAAAGAAGUUUGAUCUGGAGCAGGUGUGUCUACUUAAUCAUGUGUGUUUACUUACACAAAAAGUAUUUUAUCCUAAUGAAAAAUGUGGAAAGGUGACAUUUAUUUCCUUUUUGUUAAGGCGUGACAAGAAAAUGGUGUCAAUGCCUAUUCUUCAACUUACUGUAUGCAACAUAGUAUUGAAUCUGACACACUUGAAGAAGAAAACGAGUGUUGUAUGAUUUUGUAUGAUUUUUUUAAGUUAUUUCUUUUUGUUAACUUAUUUUGGGUGGGUAGUCCGUCAUUAUUAUUUAAUUUAACACCAGUUGCCAAGUUUUAAGUAGCCCUGUUCUGGACAAAAUAUGAAAAAGCAGUCACAAACUCUUAUCAAACCUUUUACAUAUUGUUUUAUUCAUGGGGAUUACAGACAGCUGUCUGAACGGGCAGCUGUCUUCAUAAUGUCCAGAAUGAAAGUUGUCAAGGUUUCAGUGUGUCACUGAGUGACUCCAUAUGUAUGAACUGACUGCAUACUUAUGAAUUUGUACAGGUUGAAUGUGACUAAAUGCAUGCCAUGUUAAUUUAUGCAAAUUGAAUGAGUUCACUGUGUGUCUGUGCUCAGCUUAGGGAUAUUCAAAAGAAUGAAAGUAUGUACAUAUUCUCUGAAAAGUUGGAAAAUAAAAAAAAAAUAACAUGCAUAAGUCUGCAUACAGCUGGCUAAAAAUGACAGAAAACAGUGUUUACUUACUACAUAUAAUCCUAUGC